AUGACAUUAGCAGAUUCAAUCGAAACAAAUGUAAUUGGGCCCAGAGACCAAUUUAAAGAAUGGACUUUGAAAGAUUGGAUUACGGUUGGGUGCCGAAUAAUCAUCAUAUUUAAAUAUAUUGUAUUGCAGACAAUUUUAUUGGGUUUCCGACAGUGUCUCAUUUGGCUUACUGAGGGAAGAGUGUACGAGAGAGGUAUAAGAAUUAAUAAUUCAAUAUGGAGAAGUAUACCAAUUUUGGGAUCCAGUUGUAUUACAUUGCUUCCGUCUUUAUUAGGUAAAUUGAGGAGUAAAUUAAUACCAUUUUUAAAUAAUUUGAUAAUAAUGUUGCAAUUAUUAUACCAAUAUCAUGUAGUAGACAUGACCUUUAAAAAUAAUAAUAACGUAAGAAUUUUUAUUACUGGCCAAAGUGAUACACUUCAACUGGAGGAAAACAAUCAACAGAUGACAAGUCUGUUGGUGGCAAAUCAUAGGUCACUUGUUGAUUAUUUUUUAAUAAAUUAUUUGUUACAAGAAAAUAGUACAAAUAAAUUGACUAAGUACGACAUAUUUAAGAACUUUCGAAACAUUGAAAGACUUGAGUAUCACAAGACAAAUUUCAUUUGCUGGGGAUCUAUAUCAAACUUUCCCUUCGUUAAAUUUUUUAUAAAUAUUUUCUACCAUGAUGAAAAUGUUGGCAUAUCACCCAUUGUAUUAAAAGAGAAUAUUUUACAAAAUGGCAAUCAAACUUUUGUUAUUUUUCCUGAGGUUAAUAUCAUGAGUACAGAACUUGCUUUAGUUCAAAGAAAAAUCAAUCAAGAGUAUUCAUAUACUACUAAAUUUUAUAAUGUGUUAUAUCCACGAUUUAAGACAUUUGUGAAUAUUAUUGAUGUCUUUGCCAACCUUAAGAAUGUCAAGAGACAAAAAUGUACUAAUAUAUUUGAAAACGGGAAAAAUAAGCUUAAUGAAAAGUUGGUAAAUAUUAUAGGCAAUGUGAGUAAAUCACACUUGAGGAAUAACUGCACUAGAAAUAAUAACCCCCAAAGUGUUUCCACACAAGGAUUAAAUCUUGGGAUUGAUUUUCUAUUGAAAAACAAAUUCAUCUCUGAGAAUUCCAACGAUCAGUCCUUAAACUUGAGAGGAGUUAGCAACGAUGAAAAGAAAAUGAAAACCAUUAUAUUGAAUGAUAAUCUAUAUAACAUAACAAUUGUCUACUACAAAUUAAAUUAUACAGAGAAAGGACAUGAUCAUAUGAACGGUUCAUUAAAACUUCACAAAGGUUAUCAGUUAGACCAAAUUAAUCCAUCAUUACUACAAAUGUUGAGACCCGGUAGAGAUAACUCAAGUAAGGAAAACCCGCCAAUUAUAGUCAUUGUCCAUAUCAGUAAACAUGAUAUUAACACAAUAUUAUCAUCCAAGGAAACAUCUCUUGAAAAAUGGCUGGAAAAUCUUUGGAAAGAAAAGGAUAUUUUAAUAGACUCGAUUGAAAAUGGAAUCAAUCUCAAUUAA